GAGAGCGAUUGCGAGAUCGCUGCGAUGUCCGGCCGGGGCAAGCAGGGCGGGAAGGCGCGCGCCAAGGCCAAGUCGCGCUCGUCGCGGGCCGGGCUGCAGUUCCCCGUGGGCCGCGUGCACCGGCUGCUGCGCAAGGGCAACUACGCGGAGCGCGUGGGCGCCGGCGCCCCGGUGUACCUGGCGGCCGUGCUGGAGUACCUGACGGCCGAGAUCCUGGAGCUGGCGGGCAACGCGGCCCGCGACAACAAGAAGACGCGCAUCAUCCCCCGCCACCUGCAGCUCGCCAUCCGCAACGACGAGGAGCUCAACAAGCUGCUGGGCAAGGUGACGAUCGCGCAGGGCGGCGUGCUGCCCAACAUCCAGGCCGUGCUGCUGCCCAAGAAGACCGACAGCCACAAGGCUAAAGCCAAGUUUCUUGCUGAGGCGGAAAGAUCCAGACGCACCUACACCUCUGGUUUGCACCAGGAUACCCUUGCCGACAAGUGUUUUUAGCGCUAGCUUGAUGCGGCUAUUAUUUUUCUCCACAUCGUAGCCGCCGGCGGCCAGCGCCUUCUUGAGCGCGGCGAGGGAGAGCCCCUUGCGCUCCUGGGAGGCGGACACGGCCUUGGUGAUCAGCUCGGUGACGCUGGGCCCCGCGGGCUUGCGGGCUUUGGAGCCGCUCGCCGCCUUCUUCGGCUUCUUGGCGGCGGCCUUGGCGGCGGGGGCCGGGGCGGCCACGGGAGCAACGACGGGAGGCACUUCCGACAUGCCGGCGGAACGGGGAGCACUGGGCUGGAGCGGCCCCGCGGCGCCCCUUUUAUAGCAGCGCGGCGGGCGCUGAUUGGUCCGCCCCGCCCCGCGCCGCGCCGCUGCCGCUCUGCGCCCCGCGCUCCGUCCUGUGUUUCUUCGGGUGAAAUAGAAUUGGUUUUCUCUACUUUAUCUGUCAUUAAAUCGUCCUUUUUUUACAUCUCUGAGGCCGUGGGAGCAGCUGUUUUUCGUCUGUUGGUGUCUUGUCGCGAAAAGAGUUGGAUUUGGGUGGCUAGGGGACAAGAAAUCCCGAGUCCUGCCGCCAAACGGACCUCGAGAACGCGAAAGUUUUGGUUUUCUUUGUAAAUUAAAAAUUCUCGUUUAAAGCUAA